ACUAAGACCUUGCCUCCUUCGGCUUCCUUCCAUGUCCGGCCUCUAACCUAAUCCCCAUCUCUCCGAAUUCCUGCACCUUCGCCGCGAGAAUCCUCCCAUUAACCUACAGAAGGAAUAUAUCCAUCCGAAGGUUCAUGGGACGAUUUUUGUGGUUACUGGUGCUAAUUGUGAUCAGCUUAUUCGCAUGUUCUGGAGGAAGAGAGAUUAAGCUCAAGCGUGAGGAUAACGGUCUUAUUUACAAUCAAACUCUUGCCAAGAUACUCGUGGAAUAUGCUUCUGCUGUGUACAUAUCCGAUCUUACUGAACUUUUUACAUGGACCUGCUCAAGGUGUAAUGAUUUGACGAAGGGAUUUGAGAUGAUAGAACUGGUUGUUGAUGUGCAGAAUUGCUUACAGGCAUUUGUUGGAGUGGCCCAUGAUCUGAAUUCUAUCAUUAUUGCAUUUAGAGGCACCCAAGAACACAGCAUACACAAUUGGAUCGAAGACUUGUUCUGGAAGCAGCUUGAUCUGAACUAUCCAGGCAUGCCAGAUGCAAUGGUGCACCAUGGGUUUUACUCUGCUUACCAUAACACGACUCUACGUCCUGUGAUUCUAAGUGCUGUUCAAAAUGCUAGAGAGUUAUAUGGGAAUAUUGACAUCAUCGUUACAGGGCAUUCAAUGGGAGGGGCUCUGGCUUCCUUUUGUGCACUUGAUCUUUCUGUUAACUAUGGAAUGCAAGAAGUUCAGCUCAUGACCUUUGGACAACCUCGUGUUGGCAAUGCUGCUUUUAUAUCCUACUUCAUCAAACAUGUACCACGUACUGUUCGGGUGACAAAUGAGAAUGAUAUAGUGCCACAUCUGCCACCAUACUAUACUUAUUUCCCUCGAAAGACAUACCAUCAUUUCCCAAUAGAGGUAUGGCUGCAUGACAUAGAAGGAAACCAGACAUAUGUGGUUGAGAAGAUUUGUGAUGGUUCUGGGGAAGACCCAGCUUGUAGCAGGUCUGUGCAUGGAAACAGCAUAUCGGACCAUCUUAAGUACUACGGCAUCGAAUUAGGGUCUGACAGUUCAGGCUCCUGUAAAAUAGUAAUGGAUAACAGUAUUGGACAGUACCAUACUGACCUUGGUGGCAGCAUUAUCUUGUCAAGGGAUCCUACCACAUCAUCAUUCUUAAAAUCAAAGUUAUCAACAGAUGUACAUAGUAGCCCUGUACGGUAUUCAUUUACUGAUUUGUGAAUUGAGGCUAAAAGAUUUGGUAAUUCUUUACUUGCCCAAAGUCUGAGGGAAAUUUGUGUGUAUUCAAUAUGAAUGGUUUUCUUAUUCUUCCAUGGUCGCUGAGGGUGUAUAUAUAAAUAGCCUUUGUAACCAAUGGAACUCCAGAUUACAUUGGUGGUUCAUAGUAUUCUUACAUAAAAUAUGUUAGCACUGAUCAAGCUGCUUGAUUGAACAGUGUGGUUUCUGUUUUAUUUUA